UUCAUUAAAUUUUUAAUUUUAUAUAUUAUAUAUAAAAAAUAUUUUGGCCCCUUAGUUUCUUCUAGCAGUAAGAAGUUUCCUAUACGGACAAAAUACAAAAUGAAUUGCAUUGUAAAAUCCGUUAAACUGUUAUUCUUCGAUGUUCCUAAUCCUUCCACCAACAUAUUCCUAGUCUCUCCUCAGCAUGCAAUUCAUUUCUCUUCUUAUUUUUAUACAGCAGCAACAGAUGACCUGAUAAUUUAAUCUACUUUCUAUUUCCAUUUUCCGUCAAAAUCAAAACUUCAACAUCCAUGUCAAGUUCAAGUUCAGGUGUAAAUCAUAAUCCUGUAGAGUAUGUUCACUCAAUUUCCCAAGCAGGAAGGCUUCUUCCUUCAGCUAGCCAAUGGAAAACCAACUCUAACUAUGAUUCCCUUCCUUCUCCCUACUCUAAAUCUUUCGAAUACGAGCUUCUUAUUUCUGAUAAAAAGUACUUCAAUCGAUUUCUUUGCAUUUCAGUCACCGUAGUUUUGCUCAUAGUAGCUAUCGUUUUAUUAGUACAUUUCUUGCCUCACAAGAAUCAGCGCCAUGGAAGGUCCAAGAAUCUGACACUUGCUCUGAGCCAGGCUCUCUUGUUCUUUGACGCCCAGAAAUCUGGAAAUUAUCCCAGCAAUAGUCCUGUGAAAUUCAGAGGAGAUUCGGGAUUGCAGGAUGGAGACUCUGUACCUGGUGGCCUUGUGGGUGGCUUCUAUGAUUCUGGCAAUAAUAUCAAGUUCAGUUUCACAACGGCUUACACCAUUACCCUCUUAAGUUGGACUGUGAUCGAGUAUCAUCAGAAAUAUUCUGAAAUAGGUGAACUUGAUCAUGUUAAGGACAUUAUCAGGUGGGGAAGUGAUUAUUUGCUUCAGGUUUUUGUUCCACCAAAUUCGAGUUCAGAUUCCAUUACAAUAUAUUCUCAGGCAAGAUACGUUUACAUCCAAGUUGGAGGUGAUAAUGAUAGAAAUUGCUGGCAAAGACCUGAAGAUAUGAGCUAUACAAGGCCUGUUUCAUCUUGUAAUAGCACAGCUUCUGAUCUAGCAGGAGAAAUCGUGGCAGCAUUAUCAGCAGCAUCAAUAGUGUUUGAAGAAGAUAAUGCUUACUCGAAACAACUAGUCGAAACAGCCGAGAUUUUGUUUAAGGCUUCAACUAAGAAUGAUAUGGAUCAUGGACAAGGAACUUAUACGAGUUCUGAAACUUGUGGAGGACAGGCAAGAAUGUUUUAUAGCUCAUCGGGUUUCAAAGAUGAACUGCUCUGGGGAGGAACUUGGUUGUUCUUUGCUACUGGGAAUAAUUCUUAUCUACAGUAUGCUAUGGAUCAUUUUCGAGCAGCAGAGGAAGAGGAAACAAUGUCUGAGAAAGGAAUUUUCUCUUGGAACAACAAGCUUACUGCUAAUCUGAUUCUGAUGGCGAGAAUUCUAUACUUUCGCGAUCUGGGUUUUCCGUUUGGAGAAGGAUUAGGAUCUUCAUCAAAUGCCACAAAUUUACUCAUCUGUUCUUAUCUUUCGCAGGAAUCAUUUGAUCGAACAUCAGGUGGACUAAUACUCUUAAAUCCUGAUGAUCAUGAUGGACCGAUCAAGUUUGCUGCAACAGCAUCUUUCCUCUCUAAACUAUAUAGUGACUAUCUUGAACUUCAACUAAGAUCAGGAAUCAAAUGCAAUUCUGAUGACUUUUCCCUUGAAAUGUUGAGAAAUUUCGCCAGGUCUCAGGUAAAUUAUAUUUUAGGAGAUAAUCCUAGAAAAAUGAGCUACAUGGUUGGGUUCGGAAACCAUUAUCCGACCCAUGUUCAUCACCGGGCUGCCUCGAUCCCGUGGGACGGUCGAAGCUACAGUUGUCAAGAGGGAGAAAGAUGGUUGCAGUCUAAAGAUCAAAACCCUAAUAUCCUCUAUGGUGCCAUGGUUUCAGGACCGGAUAACUUUGAAAAUUUCCUCAACGAAAGAGAUCAACCACGGUUCACUCAACCAAGUCUAGCUAGCAAUGCAGGUCUAGUUGCAGCACUUGUGGCCCUUCAUGACUCAAAUGUCUUUAGUUUAGGCAUAGACCCAAAUGGAAUUUUUCAAAAGAUUGAUUCUCCUUGAAAGUGAAAGGAACAGAGAUUACAGAUUCUGAAUGCUAAGUGUAACUGUUUGGUCAAGAAUUGCAAAUUCUUGACAUUUUUUAAGCUCAAAACUUUCAAGAA